GGGCGGGGAGCGCCGGGAGCAGCGGCGGCGCCGGGAGCAUGGAGCGGGCGGCGGGCAGCGCAGAGGCCCCGCACGAGGCCGCCCCCCUGCUCCCCCGGCCACCGGCCCCCAGCUCCGGGCCGUGCUCGGCGCGCUGCGCCCUGGCCCUGCUGGCGCACGGCGCCCUGCUCGUGGCGUACGCGCUGCGGGCCGCCCUCAGCAUCGCCAUCGUCGCCAUCACCGGCAGCAGCCCCCCGAGCGGCGACCGCAGCGCUCCCGGCCCGCGGCCGCCUCAGGCCCCCGCGUACAACUGGAGCGCUGAGACCCAAGGGAUCAUCCUCAGCUCCUUCUUCUACGGCUACGGCCUCACGCAGGCGCUGGGCGGGUACGGCGCGGGGCUCUUCGGGGGGAAGCUGGUCCUGGGCAGCGGGCUCCUGCUCUCCUCCGCCCUCACCCUCCUCGUGCCGCGAGCUGCCGAGCUCGGCGUGGGCGUCCUCGUGGGGCUGCAGGCGCUGCUGGGCUUGGCUCAGGGGGUGAUAUUUCCAGCUCAGUACACACUCUGGGCAAAAUGGGCCCCUCCGCUGGAACGCAGCAGGCUCAUGAAUAUCGCUGAUGCUGGAUGCACUUUUGGAACUUUCUCUGCUCUUCUCGUGGCUGGAAUCAUCUGCCAGAGCCUGGGCUGGCCUCUUGUCUUCUACAUCUUUGGUGGCGUGGGCUGCGCCUGGUGCCUCUGCUGGUUCCUCCUCGUGUACGAGGACCCCGCGAGUCACCCGUGGAUCAGCGCUGGGGAGCGGGAGUACAUCGUGUCGUCGCUGGCUCACCAGGGCAGCUCUCAUGGCCGCUCCCUCCCGCUUGGGGCCAUGGCCAAGUCGCUGCCCCUUUGGGCGAUUGCCAUUGCCUGCUUCUGCACAGACUGGUUGUUCUACAUGCUGCUCACCUCCAUGCCCACGUUCAUGAGCAACGUCCUCCACUUCGACCUCAGAGAGUGGCUCUGGGACCAGUGGUGCUGCAGCCUCCGAGCCCCUGGCUGUGUUGCUUCGUGCCAGGGAAGUGAGAGUGCCUCGUUCCCUGCUCUGCAGAACGGGCUCCUUUCCUCCCUGCCCUACAUUGGGAACGGGCUGGGGCACAUCCUGGCCGGGCUGCUGGCUGAUUUCCUCCUGGCCCGGCGAGUGCUCGGAACAGCAGCUGUCAGGAAGCUCUUCUCAGCGCUGGGGAUGCUGCUCCCCUCCGUCUUCCUGGUGGUUGUGCCUUACAUCGGCAGCAGUUCCACGGCUGCUGUGGUACUUCUAACGCUGGUGUUGACGAUAAUCAGCAUGACAGGGGCAGGCAUCAACAUUAACCACAUCGAUAUAGCGCCCAGAUACGCAGGCUUCUUGCUAGGAGUCACAAAUACCUUUGGCAUAAUCGCGGGGAUUAUUGCACCUACUGCAGUCGGACUUCUCGUCAGCCAGGAUCUCCAGGCGGGCUGGAGGAACGCCUUCUUCGUGGCCGCAGCCCUCAACGUUUUUGGCCUCAUCUUCUACGUGGCCUUUGGCAGCGGGACCGUCCAGGGCUGGGCUCGAGAGGAGCCCGCUGCGCCAUGAGAGCUGCCCACGGCGGGGCUGCGGGGGAGCAGAGCUGGUGUGGGGCGGACGAGAGGGAUCGGGGGGCGGCGGGGGAACGGGACGGGGUUGUCAGUGCUUUGUCACGGCCCCU